UACUUGAACAUCCUCCUAUGGUAACGGGUAAUCAACUGAUAUCUGGAAUAAAACGAUGUUUAUUUUUUUUAUCGUCGUCAUACAUUUCCAAACUAAGGUAAUGGGAGAAACACAUGAACGCGCGCUUUCUGGCAUGUAGGUUUGUGGAAACUUCUGAGAGAUCAGCUCCCCCGAUAGCUAGAAUUUCUGCAAGUGUUCUGUAACCGUGUCGCCACUACUACAAGACGAGUCAUCCGACCGCGGGCUGUCACUGUCUGCAAAAGCCGAGCUGCCAUCCUGCUCCGUGUCUAUGGCUUCGCUGAUCUGACUUAAGUAGGCUGGAAUCCAUAGGUUACUAACCAGCUUCUGUGGGGUUUGAUGUCGUCUUCAGACUGGUCCCGCUGAAGAUGGAAACGCUAGAGUCCGAGCUCACCUGCCCAAUCUGCCUGGAGUUGUUCGAAGACCCGCUGCUCUUACCGUGUGCCCACAGCCUGUGUUUUAACUGCGCCCACCGCAUCCUGGUCUCCCACUGCUCGUCCAGCAAGCCUCUCGAGUCCAUCUCCGCCUUCCAGUGUCCCACCUGUCGCUACGUCAUCACCCUGAACCACCGCGGCCUGGAGGGCCUGAAGCGCAAUGUGACCCUGCAGAACAUCAUCCACCGUUUCCAGAAGGCCUCCGUCAGCGGCCCCAACUCCCCCAGCGAGAGCCGGCGCGCCCCGGGCCCCCCGGCGGCCCAGCGGCCCUACAGUAGCAGCGGAGUCGGAGGCUCCGGGAGCCACAGCGCCCGCUCCAGCCCGGCCCAGCUCGCCCUCGGCCCGCAGCAGGUCGCCACCGUGUCCAUGGAGCACCGGAUCAGCUGCCAGUUCUGCGAGCAGGACCCGCCGCGCGAGGCGGUCAAGACCUGCGUGACGUGCGAGGUGUCGUACUGCGACCGGUGCCUGCGCGCCACCCACCCCAAUAAGAAGCCGUUCACCAGUCACCGGUUGGUGGAGCCGGUCCGCGACGCCCACCUGAGGGGGCUCACCUGUCUGGAGCACGAGAACGAGAAGGUGAACAUGUACUGCGUGGUGGACGACCAGCUGAUCUGCGCUCUGUGCAAGCUGGUGGGACGCCACCGGGAGCACCAGGUCUCCUCUCUGAGCGAGCGCUUCGACAAACUGAAGGCAUUUCAAGUGAGUCCUGGCAGAGUUUCUGACGCGGUAAUGGAGGCCUCAAAGACAAGCGCCGCGCUAACAGCACUAACCACAAUAAUGCAAACCCUGGAGAACAACCUCACCAACCUGGUGAAGAGAAACAGUGAGCUGGAGAACCAGAUGGCCAAACUUAUCCAGAUCUGUCAGCAGGUUGAGGUGAACACGGCAAUGCACGAAGCCAAGCUGGUGGAGGAGUGCGAUGAGCUGGUGGAGAUCAUACGCCAGAGGAAACAGGUCAUCGCUGUCAAGAUCAAGGAGUCCAAGGUGAUGAAGCUGCGUAAGCUGGCCCAGCAGAUCGCCAACUGCAGGCAGUGUUUGGAGCGUUCCAGUGCCCUCAUCACCCAGGCGGAACACAGUCUGAAGGAGAAUGACCACGCCCGCUUCCUCCAGACCGCUAGGAACGUGGCCGAGAGGGUUGCCAUGGCCACCGCCUCCUCACAGGUGCUGAUACCAGACGUGAACCUCAACGAAGCCUUUGAUAACUUUGCUCUGGACUUCUCCCGAGAGAAGAAGAUUCUAGAAGGCCUGGACUACCUUACAGCUCCGAGCCCUCCCUCCAUUCGCGAUGAGCUGUGCACCGCGUCCCACGACACCAUAACCGUUCACUGGACGUCCGAGGAUGAGUUCAGCGUUACCUCCUAUGAGCUUCAAUACACCAUCUACACGGGCCAGACCAACUUCAUCAGCCUGUACAACAGCGUGGACAGCUGGAUGAUUGUCCCGAACAUCAAGCAGAACCACUACACUGUGCACGGCCUGCAGAGCGGAACGCGCUACAUCUUCUUCGUCAAGGCCAUCAACCAGGCGGGGAGCCGCAACAGCGAACCGGCCAGACUGAAGACCAACAGUCAGCCUUUCAAGCUGGACCCGAAGACGGCCCACAAGAAGCUGCGUCUGUCCAACGACUGCCUGACCAUGGAGAAGGAUGAGAGCUCCCUGAAGAAGAGCCACACCCCGGAGCGUUUCAGCAGCACCGGGUCGUACGGGGCGGCCGGGAACAUGUUCAUCGACAGCGGGUGCCACUACUGGGAGGUGUUACUCGGCGCCUCCACCUGGUACGCGGUGGGUGUGGCGUACAAGUCUGCACCGAAGAACGAGUGGAGUGGCAAGAACUCCUCCUCCUGGGUGUUCUCCCGCUGCAACAACAACUUCAUGGUGCGUCACAACGGCAAGGAGAUGCUGGUGGAGGCCAGUCACCAGCUGAGACGCCUGGGGGUCCUCCUGGACUACGACAACAACUCGCUGUCCUUCUACGACGCCAUGAACUCCCAGCACCUUCACACCUUUGAGGUCAGCUUCCUGCUCCCUGUGGCGCCCACCUUUAUGAUCUGGAACAAGUCCGUCAUGAUCCUAUCGGGGCUCCCGGUGCCGGACUUCGUGGACUGCCCCGAGGAGCAGCAGGAAGGGAUGACGACCCUGUGUCGCCAGCAGGACUCCCCCUACGUGUCCGGUAUGAAGGGCUGUCACUGAGACCUCGGACAGGGCGGAGACUGAGACUGUUGUCGCUGAGCCGAGAUGGGAUUGUGGCCGAUGUCGCCGAGUCUGAGGGCUUUGGGAGGUUUGAGUGCUGUUAGGUUGCUGGCCUUACUCCCUAGGUUUGUGUGUGCACCAAUGGGGAACUCACUUUCCCAGUUUGUGGGCCAAUGGGUUUGAAUCGUCCUCCUUUUUUAUCCUAGUCUUUACCCCCCCCCCCCCCCAACUGUCCUCUUUUCUCCUUCUGGAUAGAUUUCAGUAACAUUGCCUACUGCAUUCUGAGUGUUGACGUUUUUUUUUCUUCUUUAUGAUAUGUACAAAUCAUUACAGAAGCUUGACUUGCA